AUGAAAGCCGAAGUCAUGAGGGAGAAAGUUGACCGUCUGGAAAGCUUUGUGAAUCAACUUAGACAGACUGAUACUGGCAAAGAUGAGAGUGCCGUAGAACACAAGGAUGACACGGCAGCGAUAGCCCAGCCUGCCACCGAUCUUGCUCAUACUGUCGGUAGACUGAAGGUCACGGACGCCGGCGUUGUACAUUUCGUUGGACCAUCUCACUGGGAAGCCAUCAUUGAUGAUAUCACGGAAGUGAAGACGUACUUCGAGGAGCAAGGCAGGGAAGAGCAGUCGCCACCAGACGAUAUUUGGCAGAUCCCACAGAGCUCGAUAGCGGUAGCCGAUAUCAUUCUCAGAAUAACUCAGCUGUACAGCCUCGAAGACCUGCUUCAUCUAGUGCCACCAAAAUACACUAUGGAUCGCCUGGUUGUGCUCUGGUUCCACUGCGAUGAUGCUCUGCGACUACUUACGCACCCUCCUACCUUCCAGGCGGAGUACGAGAAGUUCUGGCGUGAUCCCGGAGCAGUCUCUCCUGCUUGGCUUGCUCUACUUCUUGCAAUCGCAAGUGUGGGUGCAGAGAUGAGCAACCAGGCUACAGAUGAUCCGGUAAUGCAGAGCAUGGCCGAGGAUCUGCGGCGGAUGACCGCUCACGCUCUACUUAUCGCCGACUACGUAAGGCCACAAGCGCACGCUAUCGAAGCUCUAUUGCUGCAUAUCAAGUCGUUGCUCUUGAAGAACAAUGACGUGACCUCAGAGACAUACAUCCUUCUCGGCUGCGUCACGAGGCUCUGCACACAAGGGGGCUAUCAUCGAGACCCGCGUCACAAUCCCGAGAUCUCACCCGUGCAGGCGGAGAUGCGUCGAAGGGUUUGGGGUGCAAUAUGCGCUUACGACAUCAAGAUGUGCUACCAGCUCGGUCUAGUCUCUGUCAUCAACUGUACCACUCACGACACAGCAGAGCCUCUCAACUACACCGAUGCUGAUCUGACAGCUGACCCUUUACCCCCUCCUCGGCCAUGGAGCGAAGUCACGCCUGUCACGUACUGUCUGGCAUACCACCAUAUCUCGACCAUCUUCGGAGACAUAAUUAUGUCGACUCAUGCAGCGCAAAUACCCGAGCCGGGCGAGAUCGAGACGCUGUGCCACCGUCUAUUGCAAGCUCGAGAUUCUCUACCUUCCGGAAUGAAGAUGAAAGCCCUUGAUCAAUCGAUAUGCGAUCCCACAGAACUCCGAACAGGUCGCUACACUCUGGAGUUUGCGCAUCUCAAGGCCGUCUGUGUCCUCUACCAACGCUACAUAGGCCUGGAAGGCUACGAGGAAGAGCAGCGACGGUGUAUCCAUGCCGCGAAGGAGCUGAUUCAGCACCAGCUAGUUCUCCUGAACGCAGCACAACCCGGCAACAACUUGACAGUGACUCGCGCGUUUCUGGUCCAGUUCAUCCACGACUUCAACCUUGCCGCCAUGAUCUUGUGCUCCGUCUUGAAGAGCCGACAGGCAACAGGCUCCCCACCAACUGUAGACCAAGGCCUCGAGUACGCAUUACCGGAGAUGCUAGAGCUGUGUGUCUUGUGGGAGUCUUACAGCACCAAAUCGAUGAAAGCUCGACAUGCACUGCGAGCUAUACACAGGUUUCUCAAGCAGAACGUGCUAGGCUUGACCGAUCCGAUCCCGAACGGCAGAGUCAACGCUGCUGGGUCAAAUGGCACAGAGAGGAAUUUUGAGAACAAAGGAACCUACAUGAACGACAACCUGCAGAAAGUCACUCAACAAUUGGGCAUGCUUAGUCCGGGGCAGGGAAUGAUGGACCCGUUGACACCAUACCUUCCAGCAAACUUCUUGGAGACAGACCAAAAUCAAAUGAUGCGUGAGCUAUUUGGUGCAGACUAUGCGAAUUAUGCGGAUCAACCUGGAAUCUGGCCGUAA